AUGUUAUCCAGAUCCAUCAGAUCAAGUUUACGUCGUAUACCCGCUGCCAAACGGGUGUCGAGCUCUGCCAUGGCUGGUGGCUUGAGAAUGUCUCUGGCUACGAAAGCCUUGCACACCAAGGUGCCUAGUGUUGGUGGAGCCAGCAGUAGGUUUUCUGCUGCUCCAGCUUUGACUUUCAAGAGAUUGGCUUCUACUGGCGUGAAGGUGCCUGAGAUGGCUGAGUCUAUCACUGAGGGUACCUUGUCUGCUUUCAACAAGGAAGUGGGUGACUACGUUGAGCAGGAUGAGCUUGUUGCUACCAUUGAAACCGAUAAGAUUGACGUUGAGGUGAACGCUCCAGUGGCCGGUACCGUGACUGAGCUUUUAGCCAACGUUGAAGAUACCGUUGAGGUUGGCCAGGAGAUUCUUAAGAUCGAGGAGGGUGCUGCUCCAGAGGGCGGUGCCAAGAAGGAGGAGCCAAAGAAGGAGGAGGCUCCACAGAAGGAAGAGCCAAAGAAGGAGGAGCCAAAGAAGGAAGAGCCAAAGAAGGAGGAACCAAAGAAGGAACAGCCUAAGAAGGAGGAGCCAAAGAAGGACGCUAAGCAGGAGAAGAAGUCCGAGGAGCCAGUCUCCCUUGGUGGUUUCUCCAGACUGGAAGAGAGAGUCAAGAUGAACAGAAUGAGAUUGAGAAUCGCCGAGCGUCUUAAAGAGUCCCAGAACACCGCUGCCUCUUUGACCACCUUCAACGAGAUCGACAUGUCCAAAUUGAUGGAGAUGAGAAAGUUGUACAAGGACGAAGUCUUGGAGAAGACCGGUAUCAAGUUCGGUUUCAUGGGUGCUUUCUCCAAGGCCUCUGCUCUUGCUUCUAAGGAUAUCCCAGCUGUCAAUGCUUCUAUCGAGAACAACGACACCAUGGUUUUCAGAGACUACAUGGACAUUUCCGUCGCUGUGGCCACUCCAAAGGGUUUGGUUACGCCGGUGGUGAGAAACGCCGAGUCCCUUUCCAUCUUGGACGUUGAGCAGGAAAUCACCAAGUUGUCCAAGAAGGCCAGAGACGGUAAGUUGACUCUUGAGGACAUGACCGGUGGUACCUUCACCAUCUCCAACGGUGGUGUUUUCGGCUCCUUGUACGGUACCCCAAUCAUCAACUUGCCUCAGACCGCUGUCUUGGGCUUGCACGGUACCAAGCAGAGACCUGUCACCGUGGACGGCCAGAUUGUGUCGAGACCCAUGAUGUACGUUGCAUUGACCUACGACCACAGAGUGUUGGACGGCCGUGAAGCCGUCACUUUCUUGAAGCUCAUCAAGGAGUACAUUGAGGACCCAAGAAAGAUGUUGUUGGCUUAA